CUUCACCGCCCGCAAUGCCCUUGGAUACUGGCGCCCCGCUCAUCUCAACACGACUCCCAUACUCUGAAGACUGAAACAAACAUACCUUCCGAGGAGGUAUCCUGGAUCUUUUGCUCUUUGGCUGUUUUCAUUGCCUUGAAUCCUGUGCGCCUGCAUGAAGCGAAUGGAGAGGGUCCAAGGAUAACAGGGGGUGCAGGAUUUGCUACUGCAGAAGACCUGCCGGUGGGUCGCUGUGGCCCGGCUGCCAGGGGGGCUGCGCGUCAUACCAGAGGGCUUCGAGGCACAUCCGCUUAUAUGAUAGACAGCUAAAAUCGUUUUGCAUGGAUACAUCAUGGCUACGUUUGUGUGCAGGGUACAGUUCUUAGAUGACACUGAUCCAUUCAACAGCACCAAUUUCCCCGAGCCCACCAGACCACCUUAUUACACUUUCAGGGAAGAUAUUCCUCUGAUCAAUCAGAUUGCUGGAGUCCACAGGCUGCUGAAAGCUCCACAGAAGCCUGAUGACUGUGCCCUUCAGCUGUCCCAUAAUGGGAGCUACCUGGACUUGGAGUCUACCCUGGCAGAGCAGAAGGAUGAACUGGAGGGUUUUCAGGAGGAAGGGGGGAGAGGCAAGAAACACAGCAUUAUUCUUCGAACACAGCUAUCUGUCAGAGUUCAUGCCUGCAUUGAGAAACUCUACAACUCCAAUGGACGGGAGCUGCGGAGAGCCCUCUUUUCCCUCAAGCAAAUUUUUCAGGAUGACAAGGACCUGGUGCAUGAGUUUGUGGUUGCCGAAGGACUGACAUGUUUGAUAAAAGUGGGAGACGAAGCAGACCAGAACUACCAGAAUUACAUCCUCAGGGCUCUUGGACAGAUAAUGCUGUAUGUGGAUGGGAUGAACGGUCUCAUAUCUCACAAUGAAACAGUGCAGUGGCUUUACACCCUUGUCGGGUCCAAGUUUCGUCUGGUGGUGAAGACGGCCCUAAAGUUGCUGCUGGUGUUCGUGGAGUACACUGAGGCCAACGCCGCCCUGCUCAUAAAGGCUGUGAAUGCUGUGGACACCAAAAGAGGCACUAAAAUGUGGUCAAAUACCAUGGAAAUCCUGGAUGAGAAGGAUGGAGUGGACACAGAGCUCCUGGUCUACGCGAUGACACUCAUCAAUAAAACUCUUGCUGGCCUCCCAGACCAGGACUCCUACUAUGACGUGGUGGACUGUCUGGAGGAGCAGGGCAUCGAAGCCGUGGCCCAGAGACACCUGAGCAGGAAGGGAACUGACCUUGACCUCAUGGAGCAGUUCAACAUCUAUGAGAUGACUCUUCGCCAUGAGGAUGGUGAUGAUGAAAGCCAGUUGCCUCCCAGCGGUCGAAAAGACCGCCGGCGGGCCAGUGUUUGUGGCACAAACGAGAGGCGAGGCCUGGAGAGAAGACGCAGCCGGCGACACUCCCUCCAAAAUAAUAGAGGCCACACAUCCGCCCCAGCAUCCCCCAGCAGCCCCCAUAAUCACAGCAACAGCUUCCUGCCCUUCAGUGGCCAACGCAUCGAUGACAUCAGUGAAAGAGAAGAGGAGAAUGAGGAAGAAGAGGAGGAAGAGGAGGAGGGAGAGGAUGAGGAGGACGAGGAAGAGGCAGACGAUGAAAGUCAUCCGGUCACUGAGUCCUCUAGACAGGGCACUCACAGUCACACAGAUGCAUCACAUAAAAACAACUCCUAUAUGUCUUACUCUGCUAGAAAGCCCUGCUGGGCUGAAAGAAUCAGCGCCAAUGGCACUCCAUACCCUGGCAGGCACCAGGCUUCUGCAACACCCAACCAUCGCUUCCCCAGUUCAGUUCCCGCUACACCAGACACCAAACCUGACAGGCCUGCUUUAGGGGGCUUGCUAACCUCCUCCUACAGACAGCAUCAGGAGUCUUUGGCCGCAGAGAGAGAGAGGAGGCGCCUGGAAAGAGAGGAACGCCUGCAGAAAAUUGAAAGAGAGGAGAGGAACCGAUUCAAUCGAGAUUAUGUAGAAAAGAGGGAAGAAGCAAGACAAGCCAGAGAGGAAAGAUACAAGGCUGUGGAGAGACUCGCCGCAGAGGAGUUUGAGAGGGAGCACGCCAGGGCGCCACCAAGAGGACGGACAGAGAUCACUUUGUGUCUGAGUUCCAGCUCUGCCAGCCGCUCUGCAUCUCGCUGCGCCACACCUUCAACCAUCGUCUCACAGGAAGAUGUAGUCGCCAGUCCACCCCAGACACUGGGAACAGAACGUAUCUCAGAGCCAAACCUUGACCCGCAGACCAGAACCAGAAGUCCAGUGCCAGAGUUAACAGCAUUAAAAGCUUCCCCCAUACCUCCCUCUGAGCCAGACGAGCAGCAGACUGAGACAGAGUCGCCGGCAGAGACAGAGGAUGUUUCAGAGACUCGUUCGCACCAGAAUGUAGUGGUGGAGCCAGUGUCAGAUGAGCAGGCAGGGAGUAAGAAAGAAGAGAGGCAAGGGGAGGAGAGGCUUGAUGAAAGUAGACAGUCCAUGAAUGAGGUAGUGGUAGAGGAGCGGGUAGAAGAAGCUGAGGUAGGUGAGAUGGUAGCAGUGGUGGGAGAGCCAGAUGUGGACCCAGAGGGCGUGGAAGUGGAGGUCGAGGUAGAGGAGGAGUCGGAAAGGGAGCAGCCAAUGGAAAGGGAUGUUGAAGACAGUGUACUGCUUAGUGAGAAGGAGAGACAGAAUGAGGAAGUGAAUGAAAAGGACAAUUGCUCUGCAUCCAGCAUCUCAUCAGCUAGUAGCACUCUAGAAAGGGAGGAGCGGGAGGAGAAACUCACCAAUGACAUUGAAGCAGGACAGUGGACACAGUGCAUUCAAGAUGCAGAUGUAAAUGACCAGUGCAGCAAGAUUCUCAAUAACAAGCGCUUCAUGCUGGACAUGCUCUACGCUCAGAAGACGCCCAGUGAGGAUGAAGGGAAAGUAGGAGAGACAGAUACAGAAAAAUGUAAAUGUGAGAAGGAGACAGAAUCCCAUGACUCCUCUGUAGCAAGCCUGGCAAGCAGGAUCUCCACGCUGGAGGCACAGAGACAAGCCAGAGAGGAAAAUGUGAAAAAAAUGGAGGUGGGACAUCUGGACAAUCAGGGCAACGUCCGAGCAGUGGCAGAGAAGUUUGGAGAUUUGGUCAAGGGCCUGACGUCUCCUCCUGAGGUAGAGGCCUCAAAAGAGCAGCAGCCUCAGGCAGACAAAGUGGCACCCGCUGUCUCAUCACCAUUACCACCUAAGAAGGAGUCUGACUACAUCUGGGAUCAGCUGAUGGCCACUCCCAGGGACCUACGGAUCAAAGAGAUGGACUUCACCGACUUAGGAGACGAGGAUGACCUGGACAUUCUCGAUAUGGACAGUGUGAUGGGGUCGAGUGACCUUAUGCCACCACCUCCCCCUCCCCCCUGCAACCCUGCCCUGCCCCCACCACCACCCUUGUUUGGGUGCCCUCCACCUCCUCCCAUCCUUGGCACUAUGAUGCCCCCACCCCCACCAUUUAUGGCCCCUAUCCCCCCUCCCUCCCCUCAGUUGAGUCGUGGGGAGGCCCCCCUCUUCCAGAAGAAGAAGAAGACCAUCCGCCUUUUCUGGAACGAGGUGCGUCCCCUGGACUGGCAGUGUAAGAGCCGUAAAUGCUGCAAGGAGUCUCUGUGGUCCAAACUGGAGCCAAUCAAACUGGACACGUGCAAGUUGGAGCAGCUGUUUGAGUCCAAAUCUAAGGAGCUGCCUGUUACAAAGAAAACAGCAGUUGACGGCAAACGACAAGAAAUCAUAGUCCUGGAUUCCAAACGAAGCAACGCUAUAAACAUAGGCUUGACCGUCUUACCUCCUCCACGCACCAUCAAGACUGCCAUCCUCAACUUUGACGAGUAUGCAUUGAACAAGGAGGGCAUUGAGAAAAUCCUGACAAUGAUCCCCACAGAGGAGGAGAAGCAGAGGAUCCAGGAGGCUCAGCUGCUGAACCCCGAUAUCCCCCUGGGCAGCGCCGAGCAGUUUCUUCUCACCCUCUCCUCCAUCACGGAGCUGUCUGCCCGCCUGCAGCUGUGGGCAUUCAAGAUGGACUACGAGGUCGUGGAGAAGGAAGUGGCAGAGCCUCUUCAGGACCUGAAAGAAGGGAUGGAGCAACUAGAGAAAAACAAGACACUCCGCUACAUCCUGGCCACGCUGCUGGCCAUUGGCAACUUCCUCAACGGCACUAAUGCUAAGGGCUUUGAGCUGAAUUACUUGGAGAAGGUUCCAGAGGUGAAGGACACGGUUCAUAAGCAGUCCCUGCUGCACCACGCCUGCUCCAUUGUGGUGGAGAAGUUCCCAGACAGCUCCGACCUCUACUCAGAGAUAGGAGCUAUCACUCGUUUGGCAAAGGUGGACUUUGACCAGCUUCAGGAUAAUCUGGUGCAGAUGGAGCGAAGGUGCAAAGCAUCCUGGGAUCACCUCAAGGUUAUCGCGAAGCAUGAGAUGAAACCAGCAUUGAAACAAAAAAUGUCAGACUUCCUAAAAGACUGCGCAGAAAGAAUUAUUAUUCUGAAGAUUGUACACCGAAGAAUAAUGAACAGGUUUCAUGCAUUCCUGCUUUUCCUGGGUCAUCCAAUCUAUGCGGUGCGUGAGGUCAGCAUCCAUCGCUUCAGUAAGAUCCUCAGUGAAUUUGCCCUGGAGUAUCGCACCACAAGAGAGCGUGUGCUCCAGCAGAAACAGAAGAGGGCCAUCCACCGAGAGAGGAACAAAACCAGGGGGAAAAUGAUAACAGAUAGUGGUAAGUUUGGUGGAGCCUCGUCAGACACACAGGAGAGUCAGCCUCAAGGUAUCCAGUAUGCCGAGGAUGCAGCUGAGCAUGAGAAUAUGAAGGCGGUGCUGAGGAGUAACCUGCAGGGUGGUGACAGCGGGACGUCCACAGUGCCUGGUCUUCGCACACGGACCAGAGCCAGCAGCACGAGAGGGCGUAUUCCCCCAUGGUGCACUGCAAACGACGACCCAGUGAAUUGCACAGAUGAUACAGCUGAUGAGAUCAUGGAGAGGAUUGUAAGGUCAGCCACUCAGGGGCCCAGCCAGCGGACACAGCCUCGCGAGAGGAAAAGGUCCCGAGCCAACCGUAAAUCAUUGAGAAGGACACUGAAGAACGGUUUGACGACGGAGGAGGCCAACGCUCUUGGCUUGUCCAGUGGUUCAGAGAUGCAGGUGUGAGGUGGACCACUGGACAUAAAGACAUCUGAAAGCCCUUCCACUGCCCCUCACAUGCACACGCCCAACCUGGCAACCCACUCCACUGUGGCUCGGCACCACCCCGCCAGCUUUGAUGAGUUGAUCUCAUCUUUAUGCGUUUUGGUUUACACAGGCUUGACACGAGCGCUUCCUGAAGAGAGAGAAAGAGUGGUUAUAGAAGUUCAGAAAAGGCUCAACAAGAUUUUUUUUUUUUUUCAUGUGCUGACAGGCAGAGAGGGCAGUAGACUGAGCUUCCACUCUCAGGAACAGAACGCUGCAUUCAAACCACUAAGCUUUGCUGUUGCUGGACAAAUAUGGUUGAUGUGAACUCGCAAGGCUUCAUCAUAUUCGCCUUUUGACCAUGAUCUUUCAUAGAAACACUACACAGGUCACCCACAUAAAAACACAAUUUUUUAAGGCCGAGGUAGAGUUGGACGCCUUGUGCUUGAAUCACUGUGGCCUUGACUGAAUCCAAAGGGCUGAACGAUCUGUGGUACGGAGCAUGGCACAGACACUAAACUCACCACAAGCUGUUUUUGGUUGGGUUUGGUGUCAGCCUUGCAGCUUUAGUGAUAGACAAAUGAAGUUGAUAGACAUUUAGUUUAUCUGUUGAUGGAUUGGUUUUGUGCAGAGGUUAUGGUUCUGUUUUAUACUACUGUGGUAGUUUUUGUGUUUAUAUUCAUUUAUGCUCAAGAAGGUGCUCAGAUAAGGAAUAAUUGCACUGGAUGUAGAAGUUGGGUAUUGAGGGAAUGUGAAAUCCUUGACACUGAUGAACCACUCAGACAUCUGACUAUAAAAAAAAUACUCCUUACGGUUUAGCCAGCAGUUAAAAUAGUAGCACAGUUUUCUUUGUGAUGUCUAAUGAAAGUGCGCAGAUUCCAUCAUCGCAGAUGUACAUACAAAAACUUUGUCAAUUGUGUACAGGCAAAAAAAGUCAUUUUUUUCUAGAUGAGAAGGAAUUACCAAACAGAGCAGCAGAAGUGCAAGCAUUUUUAAAGGGCACAGACGUUGAGAAAGAGAAUGUUUAAUACAGUUACUGUGGGCGAGACUGAUGCAUCAACAGAACUGAUGAUACCACUAGUUUUAGACUCAUGCUCAUCAUGCAAACUGAUUUUUUUUCUUAAACAAAUAUAGACACAUUGCAUUAUGUGAACUAUUGUCACUGAUGCGGAUCAUUGUCUCCAUGAUUGUACUUCUAAUAUAACUGAAGAGUUGGAAAUAGCAGAAAAAGACAGGAGCAACCUUCAUUAUGCUAUGUAGUUAUUUUAAAGAAACUAUGAGCUGCAAAUUUCAGAGUGCCUUUCAAAGACAUUUAUUUAUUGAGACAUUUUCAGGGACAUUCAAGAAAACGUUACUAUGACAAAUGCGCAGUCUGUGAGAAAUGAGAAGUUAAUAUUACAAUGUGCAUCAUUCACAAACUGUGAUUUGUUGUCAUUUUUAACCAGUGUUUUUAACAUGUCCUGGCAAAAUUACUUCCAUGGUAUCUCUUGGAUCAAAUAGUUUGUUAUGAAGGUAGCUUUAAAAUAUUUAUGUGGAUUUAAAGAUUGGUUAUGCACAUUAGCUGUAUCCUGUUGCCUUACUGUAGAAUUUGGGCAUGCAUUUCCCCUGAGCUUUUUCCACAAGACCUUGGUAAGAUGUAACACAUUAAGCAAGGCCAAAUUGACAAGUGGUUCAACUGCCAUCAUUGGAGAUUUUGUUUCGGUAUUUGUAGAAGUAUAACCCUCCCCCCACAUGCACAAACCCUUUGAAUAAGAGCAACAGGUGUUAUGUGACAAUUAGUAAUACAGAUGCACACAUGCAUAUCUAUACUCAAAUCCAAUUCUGACAUUUAUUAAAACAGAGGGAAGACCUUCUUUUUUAAAAGCUUCUCUAUAUGUAUGGUAUGUCCAAUAUUGAGCUCAUUGUGCUAUGAAUUCAUUUGGAAUGGCCUCUGCAAAAUUUAGAUCAUGCCUAAUUCAAGUUUUAAGUUUCAAGAUAAUUUUACCCACCCGCAAAAUUGUCACUGUGAUGGAAGCAUAGCCAUUGCAAAGAAACAAGAACCUAGCGCGUCAUCUUGAUAAAGCCACAUUAAAGCACACCAGCAGCACGUAUUGGUUUCACAUUUUUCUUGAGAAUUUACUGAAAAA